UCGGAUUCUGUGUUCAAGUGUUACCUGCAGUACAUAAGAAUAUACGCGAGCGCAUGACAUGCUACUUCGGGCGAAUGAACUUGAUGAACUGCUAGAUGUUAAUUGCAGCUCGGAGAGCCGCAGGUAGUCGGGAAAUAGCGUGCUACGGCGCCGCAGAUGGCAGGGGCCAGGGGACUAGGUCUCCAUUGAACGUUCUACUACCAUGUACAGAGGUUGAUCACUGGUUUCUGAAGCUAUUGGGGUUCGGUAAUUAUUUUACC